AAGCGCUAGGCCACUACAAUCGAUAAAAUUAUAUUAGCCUCUAAAAUGGCUAACAAGCGAAACGUGAAUCAAAACAAUGCUAGGAACACCAAAAAAUCAAACGUAGUUACAUCCGAAAGAAGUGUGCCAUCUGCGGCAAACCACACAGACCCCUCUGUGUUUAACAACGAGCCAUGGACGCCAUCACCUGGGACAGCUUUCAAGCUUCUCAUGUCAGCCAGAUUGUGUGCGGCCCUGUGGAGUGUGGUGUCGGACUGUGAUGAAACAUACAACUACUGGGAGCCUGCUCAUUUUCUGAACUAUGGCAGGGGUUUCCAAACAUGGGAAUAUUCCCCAGCUUACGCCAUCCGCUCUUACGCAUAUAUACUCCUUCAUGUCCUGCCAAUGAAGUUAUGUGCUGCCUUUUUGGGUGAUAACACAAUCCUAGUGUUUUACAUGACCAGAUGCAUGCUGGGAGUUUGCUGUGCCAUCUCUGAGAUGUUGUUUUACAGAGGAGUGUGUAAGAUGUUUGGUCCAAAUGUUGGACGGCUGACCCUCAUCCUACUGCUGUUCUCUGCUGGAAUGUUUGCGUCUGCUUCAGCUUUUCUCCCUAGCAGUUUCUCCAUGUACCUAACUAUGGUGGCUUAUGGUAGCUGGUUUGUUGGUGAUGUUCAUAUUAGUAUAAUGUCUAUAGCCGCAAGUGCAAUAAUUGGUUGGCCAUUUGCUGGUGCACUAGGCAUCCCUAUAGCCUUUGAUGCCCUUAUAAUACACAAAAGAUAUGUCAACUUCUUCAAGUGGUGUGGCAUUUCUUUGAUUGUUUUUAUGGUCCCAAUGGUUUUAAUUGACAUGCAUUUCUAUGGGAAGUUAGUGAUAGCACCGUUAAAUAUUGUUUUAUACAAUGUUAUAAGUGGACAUGGCCCAGAACUCUAUGGUGUUGAGCCUCUAUCAUACUAUAUCAUCAAUGGCUUCUUGAACUUUAACCUUGCAUAUUUUAUGGCCCUGGGAUCACUACCAUUUCUGUUGCUGACUUUAUGGUUCCUUAAACCAGAAUCUUAUUCAAAACAAUCCCUGUUGCUUGCCCUCUCCCCACUCUACAUCUGGGUCCUGAUCUUCUUUACACGGCCACACAAAGAAGAAAGAUUUCUUUUCCCCAUCUACCCAUUUAUUGCCAUGGGUUCAGCUUUAGUACUGGACACUGUGCAGAGACUACUGGAUCUCCUGCUACAUGGUGUGAACAGACACAUCCACUACACAGACAGGACCAACUGGGUAACAGCUGGCUUCUCAUUCCUGUUUGCUGUUCUCUCCUUCUCUAGGAUAGUAGCUGUGUAUCAGGGUUACCACGCACCACUAGACAUUUAUGUUGAGCUCCACAGGGUGGCGGCAGACCCCAAAAUCCACACCCUGGCGCCAGAUAAAACAGUGAAUGUGUGUGUGGGGAAGGAAUGGUACAGGUUCCCAAGUUCUUACUUCCUGCCAGGACCAAACUGGAACCUACAGUUUCUACAGUCAGAGUUCAAAGGUCUUUUGCCUAAACCAUACGAAGCUGGUCCUGACGCAACACGUGUUAUACCCUCAGACAUGAAUGAUGUCAAUAGAGAGGAACCUUCCAGAUAUAUUGACAUAAGUAGAUGCCAUUACCUGAUAGACAGAGACACAGAGGAUGAGACAGCACUGGAGCCUAGAUACUCCACUCACAAAGACUGGACAGUGGUCAAACAAGCCCCGUUCAUUGAUGCUAGCAAGUCCCAUCGAUUGUUCCGAGCGUUCUACAUUCCAUUCCUCUCCUCCCAACACUGCCACUACACAUCCUACAACCUGCUGAAGACAACUAGAAGUAAGAAAAUUUCUCGCCAGUCCAGAAAGUCGAGGUAGUGGCAGCUGUUCACCUUGUUACAAUGUUGCUGCUGAAACCAUAAACAAUUCCACGCUGCGUUGAAAAAUAUUGCAAUAUUUUGUUUUAAGUUGAUUGAUUUUGCCUGUCAUUAUGUUGAAUGAUAAGGAAAUGUGUAGUAUUUUGUGAAUAAAUAAGUUAAGAAAAUGUUUAGUAUUUUGUGAGUAAAUUAGUUAAGAAAGUGUGUAUUUUAUUAAUAAAUUUGUUUAAAAAAUUUAUUAUAUUUUGUGAAUAAAUUAACUUUUAUUUGUAUAGAAUUGUUAGUAAUCAACACAAUACAAAUUUGAUACUUAUUAAAAUAUUGGCAGGUUGUGUUAAAGGAAGUAUUUUGUUAGAAUUGGUACCCCAAUUUAACCCUUACUUCAAUAGUUUUUUUCCAAAAAAAA